GAUACCUUAAUAGUUAAAAACUAAUGAACUUGUGGUCCUCUAUAAAGAUAGCCUCCUACACAGUCGUUCUUAUGGUUCGUCACGCAACGAACACCGACGAACGGCGUUCCUUUGGCAGGACAGAAUGCUUGACGAACCAAAAGGGACUAAUUUCCAUGCAAACACCGUAAUUUCUAAGGCGUGUUGCCUACCCGUCAAGAUGACUUCCAAAACCGUGAUAAGGUCUGUUGCUUGAACGCCUUGGUGACAAACGAUUUGCCCCACUGGUCACUGGAAACCAAAAUAUCGAAAGACGACUGGGGACAAGUUAGAUCCAGAUUUAGAUCUGAUUGAUACUCUCUGUGAUUGACAGGGGGUGAUCCAUGACAGGGGGUUGCCCCCAAUUUUCGAUAUGCAAAUGAUCUCUCACAAUUGUUCUUUGCGUCAAUAUGCAAAUCAUGAAAUGUGUGCUCAUAUGAGCAAACGAAUUCCACGAUAUUCUUCUCUUUCGCACCUUUUAUAUUGCUAACUGCUCUUAUUUAUAAAAUAUGGCAAGUGAGGCCUCAGAUGAAGACAGGAAGUCACCCCGAGUGCACAAUGCCUGCUACUAUCCCGAGCUAACAACGUUUGGCCCAGAAAUAAUCCAGGAAAUUCGUCGCCUUAAUUGCUCUAUUACAGUGCAAAUGGAUCCUGACAGAAUUCCACCAUACUACUACUGGAUUGUGGGUGGCAUGCAAAAUGCUUUAGAUGUGUUGGAAAGUGGUGACUGGAUUACUUCAAUCAAUGGAACAAUUAGAUCAUUCGCCGUCGAUUUCUAUCGCGUGAUAGUUGGCGAGGGCGCUGAGUACGCCCGAGUCAACUAUCACGCGAUGGAAAUCGACGGCGAAUAA